CUUCCCAGUCAUCUCGCGAGACGCCGCGGCCCCGGAAGGCACCGGCUCUCUCUUUUCAGUGCCGGGACCGGCCGUCAGGCGGCGGCAGCGGCUCCUCGGGCCAGUGCCUCGAGCGCCAUGGAAGGGCAGCCGGAGCCGGAGAGCCGCGCCGCUGUGGCGCUGGCCCAGGCGCACUUCGACAAGGGCGAGUACGCCGAGGCCGAGGCGCUGUACUCGGCGUACAUCGGCCAGUGCGCCUGUGCGGGCCCCGGCGGCGCCGCGCCCGGGAGCAAAUGCAGCCCCGAGGAUUUGGCCACUGCAUAUAACAACAGGGGGCAAAUUAAGUACUUGAGGGUUGAUUUUUACGAAGCCAUGGAUGACUACACGCGUGCCAUAGAAGUCUGCCCCAGUUUCGAAAUUCCUUAUUACAACCGCGGGCUAAUCCUCUAUCGACUGGGGUAUUUUGAUGAUGCCUUGGAAGAUUUCAAGAAGGUAUUAGACUUAAAUCCUGGGUUUAAUGAUGCCACUUUGAGCUUAAAGCAGACUCUUCUAGACAAAGAAGAAAAGCAAAGAAGAAAUAUUGAAAAUAAUUACUGAAAAUUUAAACUUGAUGAAACUAUUAACUCAUGAGCCUUGCUCCUGAAUCUAUCUGCCUGACUUAUAUUGACAUUUAGAAGAGAUCUGUGCAUUAUCGCUGAAUGUUGAGUGUUUAUGAUUGUUAAUUUCAUGUUGAAAAACUUGAAUGUAUAACCCCAUUUAUAAAGUAUAAAUAAGGAGUAUCAAUAUCAUGUAUAUUUUAUUACAGUAAAGUUUUUAAGGAAAUGUGAUUUUUCUUCAUUAAACAAUCAUGUAUUAACUAAAAUAUUACAAAUAUUUAGUGUACUGUUUUUUCUUUUAUGAAGUGUAAAAAUCAAGCUUUAUUGAAAUGUAAUUUAUCACCCACUUAAAAUGCACAAUUCAGUAGUUUUAAAAUAUGAAGAGGUCUUCAUUUAUGGAAAAUAAAUAAUUAGGGGGAAUGCGGAGAUUUUAAAAUAUUUUUUGCACCAAAAUAAAUUUGUCAUUGAAGUUCAUUUAUCUCACCUUGUUAAAGUCCAACACCUUGCAUGUUUGGUUUCUGCACCAUUUUUUAAAGCCAAUUUUUCAAGCUUUUUACUUGAGUUUUCUUGCAUGCAAAGUACAUUUAAUAACAAUAAAAUCGUAACAGAAAAAAAAGUCUUUAGGCAAUGUGAAGACUAGAUAUGUGGUUGCUUCAAAAGUGUAAUGGCACACACACAAAACAAGUGGUUUCAUUCAAGUACACAGCUCAAUGCCAGUUGGUUUCAUGCAGUAUUCUCUUGCCAGGAACUCAUGUUUAGGAAAUUAAGGGUAUGUCUCUGCCUGAAAUUAGGAUGUUGAAUUUAUUUCCUGUAUUUAGGUUAAUAGAUUGUUAUUUAUAAAAAGUUAAUUGUUGACAUGCCCAUAAUAAAUUUUUCAAGAGUCUAACCAAAAUGAAAAAAAACUGAACAACUGCUAUGUGAACU